AUGAUAAAAUAAAAAUCGAUAUGUUUUUUAUAAAUUAUCAUUAUAUCUCUUUUUUAUUAUUAAUUAUUCAUUUAAAAUUUCUUCCAUUUAANGGCAAGUGGUUCUAAGCAAAAACAAUAAUAAUCAUCUAAUAAAAAAUCAGCAAAAAGCUAAGAUAAUGAAAAAGACGAAGUUAUAUAGGAGUUAGGAUAAUAAUUAGAAGCUAAAGAUGAAGAAAUUCAUAAAUUAGAAGGUAGCCAUUUUAUUUUUAACUAUAGAUUUAAUUGAAAAUUUCAAAUAACUUUAUUAACAUAUGAGUGAUGAAAAAUAAUAAUUAUAAGAUGAAGUCGAUAAAUUAGCAAAUGAAAAUAAUCAAUUCAGAGAAAUAUUUAGUGUAAAUAUAAAUUAUUAUUAUUAGCAAAAUCUUCAUUUGUUUGGAAUAGAUCCUGAAUAAUUAAAUGAAGAAGGAGAAGAGGCAGAAAAUGAAUAUCCUGAAGAAAUUGCUGAAGAAAAUGAUGAGUAGGGUGAUUGA